AUGGCGGCGGUGACGGAGCUGCGCCGUUGCGGUCUUGACGACUUCGUGACGGUGCUGCCGGUGCCGCCGCAGACGGAGCUGCGCCGCGGCGUCCUUCGCUUUGCGGGACCCACCGACUUUGCAGGUGGCAUGUGGGUGGGCGUCGAGCUCGUUGGCACCCCCGGCCGUAACGACGGCAGCGUGCUGGGUAAGUCAUACUUCGCCUGUCUGCCGGGGCAGGGCGUGUUUGUGCGGCCAGAACUUGUCGUGCCGUACACACCUGAGGCGGCGGGGGUGGCGCAGAUAGCACCGCAGGAGAUACACGAAUCACUGGGGCUCGUGGGGACGCUGCGCCACGAUAUUGCGCAGCUGCAGGAGGAACUGAUGCGGAAGGAGGAAGCGCUGCAGCAAACGCGAGAGGUGCUUCGCGGCGCCGAGACGGCCCUCGAGGAGCGGGCUGCCGAGUUACAAAAGGAAAAGGAGGAGAAGCAGCAGACGAUUGAGAUGCUUUCAGUGAGUCAGCAGCAUGAGACAGCGAUACGGGAGAAGGAUGAAGAAAUCCAGCAUUUGCAGCAUCAGUUUACGGAUCUGAAGGAUCUCUUCACGAUACAGGAGGAGGAACUCCAACGGCAGGGAGAGCAUGCCGAUGACCUCGCGCAGCUUGUGGAGGGCAUGCGCUGCGAGCGUGACGAGGAGAGAAGGAAGCUGCAUGAAGCAAUUCACAGGCUUGAAGAUGAAGUGGCGAAACAGCAGGCUAUGCUUGACGCCAAAGAUGCUGUGAAGCAAGCAGAGGAGGCUGAUGUGGAGGCGUUGCGGCUUCAGCUUUUUCAGCAACAACAGGAGAAAGAAGCUCUGCGGCUCCUCAGGAAGCGGCAUGAAGACCUUCACGCAGAACGAGAACGGGAACGUCAGGAGCACGAGACGAAGUGGAAGCGAGCGGCCGCUGAUUAUGAGGAAGCCCUGGCACAGCAGCGGGAGUACAAGAAUCGUCUCCUUGACGACAUUCGCAGCCUGCAACAGCAGAUAGAGGAUAUGCGCAGUAGUCACGAGCGCGAACGAGCACUACAUGUCCCAUUGAGUAUGGCCGAGCGGGAGGAGUAUGAAUCCAAGUUGAGCCAACAACAAUGUGAGCUUAUGCAAUGCUACGGAACGAUGUUUGCGAAGCGCUACGAUCACUUCCUGGCACCCGUCUCUCAGUGGGAUUUGCCGGCCGGCAUCCUGGGGGCGAUGAGUGAAGCUAUUGCGUCAGCAGAGCGAGUGCUUCCCUUUACAACACCAGAGGUCUGUCACCGCUCACGCAUGGCGCUCUUCCAGCCGCACAACGCUGGCGGUGCCAAUAGUCCUCCGAAGGUGGUGUAA